UGUGUUUACGAAAUUUCACGUCAAAUUAAAAUGGCAAAUUAAAAAAGUAGCCAGUUAGCUGAUUACUCGAUAAUAAUACUUUGAAAAUGCUUAUGUUGUUAACAGUUUUCAGUGCGGUGAUCCUCUUUCCUUGCAAUUCUAAUACUGCAGCGCUCCGAUGCAGACUGGGCAACCAUUUUGUGUGUGGAAGCGAUGGCUUCACGUAUUUCAACAUGUGUGAUUUUGAAUCUGUCAGGUCGAUAAGACCCAAUCUUUAUAUAAGACAUGAAGGGAGGUGUGAGCAAAAUGGUCCUACUGAGAGACCAAAAAUGUCUAAGGAUAACGGGUUACCUAAGAGGGGCUAUAAAGCUAAAAGACACCACUGGAGGAAAUCAAAGGGAAUGGGAAUUUUAUCACAGAUAUUACAGACACAGAUAAAACUGAGUGCCUUUAAUUUCGAACACAAUACUAUUAACACCCAAGGAAACAACAACAGAUUUGAGAUAACCAUAAACACGGGAUGUGCAAAUAAUGAUGUUAAACGAUGUUACGUGAUAGAUCACUAAUAAAAGCAUUUUUCUUCUUAUUUAUACCCCUUAUUAAAAGAAGAAGAAAUCCGCUUAUUUUAAUACA